AUGAUUUUUCCGAUCGUUUGUUCUCAUCUCUUUCGCAUCGCUUCUGAAGACGACGACAUCUACGCCAGGAGGAAUAAUAUCUCUGCAACAUUUUGGGGAGAAUUCGUUGACCAAAUCUUGCCACAUUUACAGGGAUCACCCCAUCAGCCGGUCAUAAUUGUUAUGCAGUUGAUAAAAGCGCACAAAUUUCAAGGCAAAUAUUCUGUGCGUAAUACUUGGCAUGCCUCAAAGCUCUGGAUUAACCCGGAUCUUCCUCAAGCUAAUGAUUUUAAGUCCAGAAUGACAAGUGUGAAUGAAGCUAACUCUGCCAGGAUCAGUCAAAUACCUUCUCAGCGUAGUUAUUCUGUUUCUGAUGAGUUGGCUAAUGGAACUGUAGAAGUUAAGACUAUUAGCGAAUUGGUCGACUGCAUGGAGGAAGGACAUAUUUGGAUUGUUGCGACUGUAGUGAAUCUUCUACUUGAAAAAGAAUGGUCAUAUUUGGGGUGCAAGAGAUGCUCGAAGAAGGUUGACAAAAUUGGAAGUAAAUUUCACUGCAAGAAAUGUGAUCGCCUUGAUAGUUUUGGCACUCAUAGGUACAAGCUUCGAGUGCAAGUAAUGGAUCACACUGGCUUUAUAAAUUUGUUGCUUUGGGAUCGUGAAGCAACAACUCUCAUUGGGAAGUCUGCUAAUCAGUUAAAUGAAAUUUCAAUUGAGGCUUCUGCUGACGUUGAUGAGUGUUCUUAUCCAGUGGAGUUGUAUGAUAUUCUUGACAAAAAAGUGCUGUUUAAAGUGACUGUCAAGAGCUCAAACAUUAAAGUGCAUCAAGAAAUUUAUAAUGUUGUUAAAAUUAGCGAGGACGAUAACCUUAUACAACAAUAUAGUCAAUCUGCACAAGAUGAUACAUUCACUGACCCUGAUUUUGAGUGUCAACAACACACUGAUGCAGACACAACUUUCAAGGAUUCAAUGGCUGAAAAUGAUAUGACUUCUCCUGCAAAUACCCCUGCCAAAAGAAGUAGAGAAGAGGAUGGGUCAUCUGUAGUAGAUGUUGGUGAUGAUCUUACACAAUUUUCAAGUAACAAGCUUAAAAAAAUGAUCAAACAGGAGAAAAAUCCGUGAAUUGAUACAUUUACUUUUUGGAUUAUGACUUUAUUCGUACAAUUUCAUUAGCAAGUACUUUGGUACAAUUUGAAGUAGUUCGGUUUGAAUUUUUAUUUGGUUUCUAGCAUUUUGGAUCAUUAGCAAGUAUUUUGGUACAAUUUGAAGUAGUUUGGUUUGAAUUUUUAUUUGGUUUCUACCAUUUUGGAUCAUUAGCAAGUGCUUUGGUACAAUUUGAAGUAGUUUGGUUUGAAUUUUAAUAUGGUUUCUACCAUUUUGGAUCAUUAGCAAGUACUUUGGUACAAGUUGAAGUAGUUUGGUCUGUAUUUCAAUUUGGUUUCUACCAUUUAGGAUCAUGAUUUAAUAUCUUGAGACAGAUGGGCCAUUGCC